AUGACAACCAGAGGCUUGGAGGAUCUGGAUGGGGGCCUGGGCAGCUGCCUCCCCAGUGAUGACCUCCCGUUCCUGGAGGAACCACCCUCAGGCCGGCGGCCAGACGGCAAGGCUCGAGGGGCAUCCAGGCUGGCGGACUCCAGUAGCUGGACCCACGUCCUUCAGGGCUCGGUCAAUACUGGCGCUGGGAAUUCUGGACCCAAGAAGAUGGAAAAAGAGGUCGCUGGCAAGGAGAGCCCAGGGACCUGCAGAGCCGGAACAAGCCCCCGAAGCGUUCCUGCGCGUAGGAAGCCGCAGGCUGCGCCUCCCCAGCAGCUGCCUCCGCCGCCGCCAAGCGAGGACGACCUGCCCUGGGGAGAUCUGACGCUCAACAAGUGCCUGGUGCUGGCCUCCCUGGUGGCCCUGCUGGGCUCUGCCCUCCAGCUAUGUCGGGACGCUGUGGCUGGGGAGGCGGUGGCUGCCCCUCAGCAGUGGGUCCCCCCCAACUCUCCACCAAAGAAGGAAGCUUCGGCAGCGCCUAAGCCUCCGGUUUUGGUGCCCCCAUCCGGGCCUCCUCAGCCGAAGCCUGGGCCACCAGCAUCCCAGGCACAGAUGCAGGAUGAACCUGAGCUUCCCGGGAGUCCCGAGGCUACAGAAGCCCAGGUAGAACCUGGAGGGACCAUCUUGGAAGCCUCUGGGGAGGAGAGCGCACCCCUUGAGGGCCGAGGAUCCCUGGAGAAGCCACGGAAAGAGAAGCCAAGGAAAGGGGAGAAACCGAAGAAGGAGAAGCCGAGGAGGGAGGAGAAGCCGAGGAGGGAGGAGAAGCCACAGGUCUUUAGGGAGCACCGCCAAUCACUGCCACGGAGGCGCUGGGAAGUGCGGGAAGGAGGCGGUCGUCCAUGGAGGCGGGACUCCAAGGACCUCGAGCACGGGAAGCGUCAGGCCUGGGCUCCCCUGCGACGGCACGACCGAGAUGAGCGGCCCAGUCAGAAGCCCCGUGGAGGGAAGGGGCGUGACUGAUCUUGCCUGG